AUGUAUUGGUUUAAUUACAAUUUAUGUAAUUGGGUUGUAUUGUAUUGGGUUGUUGGUUUGGUAAGGUGGGUGUGUUAUUUUGGGGAUGUAGGUGGAAUGUGUAUUGUGAUGGUGAUGAUUGCUGUGGGUUUAUGGAUGGGUUGUAUUUUGGUGGUAGGGAUGGUUGAGAAAAUCAUGGAAAAAUGGUCCAAAUUUUCGGAGAAUUUUGGGGUUUUAGGGGCGUUCAACUUUUUGGCUGGAAAUUCAUGCAUGUUCCCCGUUGUUAAAUUUUGGGGUUUUUGGAGGUUUUUAGGAGAUGGUGGUUCGAUAGGGGUUGGUGUAACAUACGAAUUUGGUGGAAUAUGGGUUGGUAUGUGGUUUGUGGUGAUUGUAUAA